AUGUCUAGCCUCGCAAUUCCUUCCCACCAGCGCCGCACCCGAUCCGCGUCAACGUCGUACAAUCUCCCCUCCGACUCCUCAGACAUCGACCCCGACGAUGACGCUCCUCUACCCUUCCCGGCGGCCCUGCCGCGAUCCGACUUUCUCGUUCCAGACUUUGACCCCGCCGCAUAUCUCUCUAGCCUCCCUCAUCGCCAUCAGACCCUCGAGGAUCUCCGCUCCGACCUCCGUGAUCGCAGUUCAACCAUCAGCUCGGAACUUGUUGAGCUCGUAAACGCCAACUAUACUGCCUUCUUGUCGCUAGGCUCUGAACUGAAAGGCGGCGAUGAAAAGGUCCAAGACGUAAAAGUGGCUUUGAUGGGGUUCCGACGAGCUGUCGAGGAGGUCAAAGUCAAAGUGGCCGAGAGGAGAGAUGAGGCGAGAAGCUUGAACAAUGAGCUGCGUCUUGUACGCUUAGAUAUCGAACAAGGGAGAAAGAUGCUUGAGUUGGACGAUAGAAUAUCGGCCCUCGAGGAGCGAUUAUCCGUGGAUAGUCUGCCUGCUCCUGCUGGUCGAAAUGAGUGGGAUUCGGACAGCAGUGAUGGGGAGGAAGAGGAUGCUUCUCUGCCCGGUCUGUUGGAUAGCUCGCCUGCCAAACUGCUGCAAUUGGCAAAGGCGUGCGGCGAAAUCGUUCUAUUAAAAGGGUCUCUGGACCAGAAAUAUCCGUUUGUAGUGAAGCUCGAGGAGCGGCUGGCACGGUGUCGGAAUACUUUACUUCUGGAUUUGGGCAAUGCGCUGAAAGAAGCGAAGGGAGCUGGCAUCCAAGGGCAGGAUCGAGUGCUCAAAUAUCUGGCCAUAUAUCGCGUGCUGGGUGCCCAAGGAGAGGCCAUCAAGGCACUAAGAGUUGGCUAA